AAACACUUCUUUGGGCCUCAUAAACAACCACAGAACCACAAGUUGGGUACAGAGGCAGUCACACAAGAGCGGGUCCGGGAUAUUGGUCAGCAGGCAGGGCAAAUCGCUUUGACUGCAAACCACAGUUUCGUAGAGUGGUAGAAGAAAUCAUAUAUUCCUUCACUGUAAAGAGAAAGUGAGUUUUAAAGAGGAAACAAUGGCUUCAAACAGCGUAUUUGAUUCACUUCCUUCUUACCAGCACUUCUUGAGAGAUACCAGCACCAGCCGCCGCUUCACGCCGCCCUCCACCGCGCUGAGCCCGGGGAAGAUGAGCGAGCCGCUGCCGCUGCCCGGCGCCGAGCACAGCGGAGCGCUGGCGGGGAAGCUGCGCGCCGCCGACCGCAGUAUGGUGGAGGUCCUGGCGGACCACCCCGGGGAGCUGGUGCGCACCGACAGCCCCAACUUCCUCUGCUCCGUGCUGCCCACCCACUGGCGCUGCAACAAGACGCUGCCCAUCGCCUUCAAGGUGGUGGCCUUAGGAGACGUACCCGAUGGGACGCUGGUCACGGUGAUGGCUGGAAACGAUGAGAACUACUCUGCAGAACUCAGAAAUGCGACGGCUGCCAUGAAAAACCAAGUGGCAAGGUUCAACGACCUCAGAUUUGUGGGUAGAAGUGGAAGAGGGAAAAGCUUCACACUGACUAUCACAGUCUUCACAAACCCUCCACAAGUAGCCACGUACCACAGAGCCAUCAAGAUAACAGUGGAUGGACCACGCGAACCCAGAAGACAUCGUCAGAAACUAGAUGAGCAGACAAAGCCCGGGAGCUUGUCCUUUUCAGAGCGCCUGAGUGAACUGGAGCAGUUGCGUCGUACGGCCAUGAGGGUCAGCCCACACCACCCAGCCCCCACACCCAACCCACGAGCCUCCUUGAACCACACCACUGCUUUUAACCCUCAGCCUCAGAGUCAGAUUCAGGACACAAGGCAAGUGCAGCCAUCCCCGCCGUGGUCCUAUGACCAGUCCUACCAGUACCUGGGCUCCAUCGCGACUCCCUCGGUGCAUCCUGCCACACCGAUAUCGCCUGGCAGGGCCAGCGGCAUGACGUCCCUCACCGCAGAGCUUUCCAGCCGCCUCUCAGGUGCUUCUGACUUGACGGCAUUCAGUGACCCCAGAGUGGGGAUUGACCGCUCCUUCUCCGCGCUCCCUUCCAUUUCUGAUCCUCGGAUGCACUACCCGGGAGCGUUCACCUACACGCCAACUCCCGUCAGUUCGGGGAUAGGGAUCGGUAUGUCUGCUAUGUCCACGGCCACCAGAUACCACACUUACCUCCCACCUCCGUAUCCUGGUUCCUCUCAGGCCCAAGGCAGCCCAUUCCAGACCAGCUCACCUUCGUACCACCUCUACUACGGAACCUCCGCUGGGUCCUAUCAGUUCUCCAUGAUCUCAGGAGGAGACCGGUCCCCCCCGCGCAUCCACCCCCCUUGCACCAAUGCUUCCACAGGAUCGACACUCCUCAACCCCAACCUUCCCAAUCAAAGUGAUGUGGUUGAGGCAGAAGGGAGCCACAGCAACUCCCCAACCAACAUGGGUACCACGGCAAGGCUAGAGGAAGCGGUUUGGAGGCCAUACUGAAUGCAUUUUAAAUAGUCGUGGGCCAGGACUAACGUGCUUUCGAUUUACCGAUGUCCGUAGGUAUCCCAUAAACACCUGUCUUGCUUAUGGGCCCUGCCAUGUUCAUACAUCAAUUCCAGAAGCAAACUCUCCAGAAGUCAGCGGUCCCAGGAGCAGUGGCACGCAUUGGGCCAGCUGCGUGGCUGGUGAGGUGAUGCCAUGCCAGCAGGGUACCCCCCAGGGGGCUGAGCUUCUGGAAAGGAGGACAUUCAGUUUGGUGGCCUGUAGGUAGUGAGGGUGAGUAGGAAGAUAUCCAGGCUGUUUUCAGGCUUGUGGCUUUCAAACAUGCCCAGGUUUGAAGGUCUCCACAGCCCUAAAGAGAUUUUCAGUUCACUUCUGUUUUUAAGACUUAAGACCCAACAGAAACUUAAUGAGUUUACUGCAUCUUAUGGACGUAUUAACUAUAAGGAAGUAUAGGAAGAUUCUCAGAGGGAAACUGUGAACGCUUCUGUUUUAGCAAUGCUGUGAAUGAGAGGUUUUAUAUGUUGGACUUCAGUUUUUCCUUUCCUUUUUUUUUUUUUUAAACAACAUUGUGUAUUCCGAAGAAUAUGGAAUUUUUUAUUGCUGGUUUUUUUGUUGUUGUUUGUUUGGGUUUGUUUAUUUUUUUUUGAGGAUGCAACUCAUCCUGCUUUGCAUCUAAUUUGUUUAAUUUCUCUUGGCACCUUAUAAAUCGCAAAAAAAAAAAAAAGAGAUUUUACUUUUUGUUGUUGUUUUAAUCACGCUUGCUUCUUUCUUGCUUUGUCAACUGAAAGAAUCAGCCCCUUUUUCAAUGAGUUAAUUUAACUUUUUUUCUCUUGGACUUUUUUUUUUUAAUAGAACGGCUACAGCCUUGGGUCAUUUUCAACUACUGUACUACUUUGAUGAUAUUUAUGCUUGAUAUUUAGACUUUUCUUAUUUGUUGAUACUGUUAUUAUUUAAGUAUGCCUAUAUUAAAAAUAUCAGCAAUCGCCUUUUUUGGUAGCAGCCAAAGUCAAAUUUGUCACAUUGAAAAAGGCUGGAAUAACGAUGGGUAAAGUGACUUCCCAAUUACCUAGAAAUAUUGUUUACAGUUAUCUCCCUUUCAUUUUACUCAGCUAGGUGAGUCCAGAGCCUCAGAGCUGUUUGUUUAGAUGCCCCACUCCCACUGAAACAAUUGAGGCAUCGAAGUCCCCAUGAAGGCACUGUGCCUUUCCCCCAACAGAGUCAUCUCUCCACACCCCUUCCAUGUUUUUCCUUUGUCACCAGUGGUGAUGCUCAGGAUCAGUACUCAGGAGGUACUUAUAAGGCAGUCUUUUGUAUUCCCUCAACUAUGUAAGUCCCCACACAGCCCUGUUCUGCGCUGAGCUUCCCUUGGCUUCCUGGUAGAGGCUUCAUAGUCUUUCAAAUCAAAAGCCAGCACACAGUUAGCAUGGCAGGAGUGAAGUGAAGAAGACUGAUAUAAUCAAUGUGAGACUUGCUCCCAGCUCAGUGGAGCCAAGAUUUGCAGUACAAGAGCCAUGUUUGAGUGUACUGGAAAAGAGAUCAAUUUGUGCAUCACAAAAUAGCUCAGACUGAACAGAGUCAAGUUCAUCUGGAAAGCAGGCCAGCAAAGAAGGGGCCUUAAUGGUUCUUCCAUCACUGUAUAUUGAGGGAAGAGGAAGGAGAUUUAAAAUCUGUGCACAAACUAUUUGGUCCUGUAGCAAAUAUGCACAGCUUGUACUGGGAGCAUGUUAAUACAGUCGUCAUCAUUGCCCAUCGUUACAGCACAAACAUAUCAGAUGUCACUGUAAAGUUUAUGGCACUAUUUUAUUUGAGGGUUUGGUCUGAACGCAGCUGUUGUACUACUCAUUAAUUACAGACUGCUGAUGUUGACAAGUGUGCGUUCCAAAUGAUCCGAUUAUUAUUUAAUGUACUUCUUAAAUGAGUGAAACAAUUGCAGGUCAACUCAGAGAGUAUUUGAAAGCAGGACUUCAGAUCAGUGUUUGAUGUUUAAAAAAAAAAUAUGAAAAGGAUUCAAAUUAAAAAGAUCCUUGGCUGCAGGCAGCAGAACAGCUGGACUUAUUUAAAACCAUUUGUUUUUCAAGUUUUCUUUUUUUUUAUAUAUGAUUUUGCUUCUUUGUUUGAGUCAGAUGCAGUAGCACUUUGGUAUUGAAAAGUUACAAACUGAAGAACUUGCAUUGUCAACAAGGUCAUCUUUGUGCAGAAAAUAGGGGGUGUUUCAAGAGAUCUCAGCAAAAGUUCAAAAUGGUUCUGCUGAAAUAUAUACGUGGCCUCGUGCUUUUGUUUAGCGUAAUGGAAUUUAUCAUUUUCUAGAGUUUGCUCUGAUCAAAAAAGGCAGAAAGCAUCAAAACCAGUAUCAGAACAGUUAAAAAUGCAUUUUGGAAGUAUGGAGACCUUGAUGAAUACGGAAAUAGAGAGACCCUACCCUUGCAUAGUUGGAAUCUCACCUCAUCAGUAGCCUAAAAAAAAGUCCUCCCUCACCAAACAGUAGCUCUGUUGCAGAAUCCAUUUUACACAUUCUCUCGCACUCGCCGUGCAGUUCAAAUCCCCAUUGACCACGGCUUUCAUGUCUGCCUUGUGACUGGACCACCCAAGCGCACAGUACUGCGAGUGGGAACCCAAAGGUGAGGGUGAGGAACCGCAGAGGAGCCGCACAGGGCACAGCUGCUCCCACAUCAGUCUCUCCCCACAUCCACGACUGCUGUCUGCUGAAACCUUUGCCUGUUUCAGCCCAUAGUGUUGUACUAUCCCCUCCUGAAACUAUAUUGAUGGGAAGGUGAGCCCAGUCUGCCGGCCCAGCGGUCAGGCCUAAUGUUUGACGUUUCUUACGGCUACACGUCUACUUUCUUCACAGCUGCCCUGAAGUGGAAGUUUAAUUUUACACUCCCUGCUGUGAACGGUUUGAGAAAGUGUGGAGCUGGUCGCAGCACAGCACUUUGUGUUUCUGAAACACAAACCAGAAUGUGGGGUUUCCCACCUCCUCGCCCACCAUCACUGCCAGCAGCUCCUGAGUCAAACUUCUCUAUGCAUGUCAAACACAGAACAACACAGUGCUCCCCUUACAGAGGAACAUCUGAGUUUAUUAUCCCGUGCAAUUAGUCUGUUUAAUCACCGUGAGCUACAGUGUAUUCACACAAGUGCUUAUGAGACACCACAGUUCACUCAAAUCUCUUUUUAUAGCCAUCCCCUGCCCCGCUCAGGACAGCAAAGCUCUCUGAGGCUGUAAAAACUCUUGUGUCAUUCCUCUCAUAUCUAAACAGCACUUGGCAGGCAAAAGGAGGACAGCUAGGUAAAACACUUCCCCCAUUCACAUGCCUCCAAAUUAUAGUGUAUAAGUAUAUAUUUUUAUAUGUAAUAUAUAUAUAUUUAUAUAGUUUUAUCAUCCCAGUUGCUGAAUGGAAUAGCACUGUUGUGCUUCCCUUUGCAAGUCUCGGUCAACAGAGUGCCUUAGGCUCCUUCCCCUACCGACGUGCAGUAGUUGAUGGCAGUCUCUACUAUCAGCUUGUGUGUUCCUCUCACAAGACACAGCUUGUUGUCCAGAGGCAGCCUCAUCCACCAGUUCCAAAGUAAACACAGGGCCGACCGCCUGUUUGCAUAAAGACCCCUUACUUUGCUCUCAGCGUUUCUGCUCACUUCCAGAGUUCCCAUUUGGCUUCCAGAGCGAAGUGAAGGAGCUUUAGUGCAAGAGGAGGCAGACGCAGGGAGCGUCGUUGCUACUAAGGAUUUUACUUGCAGAAUUAUGCCAAAUAAACUUCUGGAAAGGAGAAAAACGGUUUCCUCCAAAUGGCCCACAGUCUUUGUCAGAGUGUUCUGAAUUGCCUGCACUCUUGAAACAUUCAUUACUGCUUUCUGGAUGACCUUCUCCAUUAAUGUAUUUGAAGAUUCAGGAUAAGUGGAUCAUUUUCAAUUCGGGCAAAACACUUUCUUGUUUUCCUGCAUCGUAACAUUCUUGUGUUUUAUUUUUGUUAACCUUGCUUGGUCAGUACUGAUCACUUGGCAUUUUUCUCCUUGUCCUCAGAGGGUUGCAUCAACAGAGUUACUUGUAUUUAUGUAUGUAAAUAGAGUUCAAAAGCUUCACAGCAAAAUAUUUAGUGCUUGUAAUUACUCUGCUUUUUUUUUUUUUCCUUUUCGUUUUCCUGUGUUUUUAAUGAACUUACCUUUGUUUGCUUAAAUACUCUAGUGAGACUUAUUUCUUUCCAAAUUAGUUAUUUUAGGCUUCGAGAUAAACUACAUUUUAUUCACUUUCGUAAACAGUUAUAGCAUGGUCCCUAUCCAACACUCUUCACUUUUUCUUUUUCUUUUUUUUUUUUUUUUUUUUUUUGUGUGUGGUAGGGGAGAAACGAAUGUGCAAAAAAUCUGUGGGUUAUUUGUGGUAUCCUGGGUGUGACAGCGACACACUUUUCUUUCAAACACAAACUCAACUUUCAGUCUGAGGGGGUGGCAUGGCAAGUCAGAGGGGAGGCCUGGUGGGAGACGCGCUCCUAUCAGGACGGCAUCAAAGUGUGUUCGUUCAGCAUUUACUGGAUCUGCUUACAAACCAGAUGCUGCAGCAUACUGGAACAGUCACAUUUUCCUUUGACGCUGUCAUGCUGAACAUUUCCAGAAGGGGAAACUACCAGGUUUUGGAAGUUUGCUUUUUUGGUUUUUGAUCACAGGGGGAUUUUUCUUCCGGGGGUGGGAAGGGGGGCUGCUGUUUUUUUGGAACCAGAAAGGAAAAGAGAAUAGAGUAGAUUUUUCCCCCACUACAGAAAGUCUCCAGAUACCACGUCAGAGUAGGCUCUUGCUGUACAUACGGAUGGCUGUGUCCAGCUCCACGGGAAAACUCAUUACAACUAGCACGCAGAGCAGCUGGACUGCUGCGUUAGUUUUAAUGAAGACUUUCUUUCUUUCUUUGUACCACAGUUUCCUCUGUAAAUUCAGUAUCAUAAUUAGUGUGAAUGACAAAUAAAACGUUUGACAAGUA